AUGUACGCGGGAACGUCAAUCCCCUCUGCGCAUGACGAGGACGCCUCGUACUUAAGCGAAGUGAGCGACCAUCUGUCGGACACUUCAGAUAUUGAAAAUAAUAUUCCCGCGCGAAAUUUUAAUGCCAUCAGGCAGAUGUUCAACAAACCCGAGGAGACGACGCCCAGAAGAGAAGGCGCGAAAAGACCGUGUCCCAGCCCCGGACAGAGCCCAGUCACUGAGACUAAGAAAAUCAGAGACGACAACAGCUACACCCACGACCAGCAGAUACAAAUGCUAGUCAGAAAAAUUGAAGAAAUGCAGGAAACGCAUGCUGUCCUGAUGGAACAACUGAAGGAGUUAAGAGUUGAAAUAAAGCAAAAAGACGAAGAAAACCGUAAGUUAGUCGCACAACUAGUGAGACUAACCGAAAUAAAAUACCAAGAAUCCGAGGCAGCCAGGUGCCAACAAACAAAACCACGAAUCAGAAAAAAAUCCGAUCAAGACCGCAGAAAAACCAAAAAAAGAACAAACCAAGACCACAGAGAAGACAAAAAAAGAAAUAAUCAAGUCAACAGAGAAGACAAAAAUAAUAAACCCAGGAAAACCCAAAAAGAAGUCAGAAGAAGAAGUCCUCGCAGCCUACAACCACAUAAGUGGCGACGAAGGAAAGAUCAGUGCGACACUUGCACUGGGCAUUCUGUCGGCAUAAAAAUUGAUGAACAGUUUCAGCAGCAUUGGUAG